GUGGGUGGCAACUCCGACAUUUGAAUAAGCCUUGUAGAAUAGUGUGGACAAGUCAUCGUAACCGUCCAUUACAACAUUUAUUUAAAUCACGUUCUUAGCCUUUGAGCUGUGAUGUAGCUGUCCCUCUGUGUUUAUUUCUCCCCGCUCCUCUCCUCCCCCUCUCGUUCUAUUUUACCAGCCCAAUCUGCAUCUGAAUAUUCAAUUCUCGCAUUCUGACGAUGAGAUGAGAAAGAGGAAGGAUAAACCGGCCGCCGCCGCAGGGUUCAUUCUCCGUGCCCCCGCCGUCGCACUCUUGUUCUCCUCGGUUCUUAUUUUCUCUCUCCUUCCUUUUUCCGCGGGGUUUACCAGCUAUGGCCUCACGGACGCUGAGGCCGGAUACAUUCGGCGGCGCCAGCUGCUGUACUACCUCGACGAGAACGGCGACCGCGGCGAGCAGGUCUAUGUUGACUCCUCCUACGAGUUCCCGAACUCGCACCUGCGUGACGCUUACGUGGCGCUGCAGGCGUGGAAACACGCUAUCCUCUCCGACCCCUACAAUUUGACCGCCAACUGGGCCGGCCCGGACGUGUGCAGCUACACCAGCGUGUACUGCGCCCCGUCCCCCGUCGACCCCUACCUCACCGUCGUCGCGGGGAUCGACCUCAACCACGGCGACAUCGCCGGGUACCUCCCCGAGGAGCUUGGCCUCCUUACCGAUCUCGCGCUUUUCCACGUCAACUCCAACCGCUUCUGCGGCACCGUCCCGCAUGAAUUUGACAAGCUGCACCUCCUCCACGAGCUCGACCUCAGCAACAACCGCUUCGCGGGGAAGUUCCCCGAAGUGCUCCUCCGCCUCCCGGCGCUCAAGUACCUCGACAUCCGCUACAACGAGUUCGAGGGGGCAGUGCCGAAGGAGCUCUUCGACCUGCCCCUCGACGCGCUGUUCGUGAACAGCAACCGGUUCCAGUUCGAGAUCCCGGACAACAUCGGCAACUCGCCCGUGUCCGUGAUCGUCUUCGCGAACAACCAGUUCGGGGGAUGCCUCCCUGCGAGCAUAGCGAACAUGUCGAAGACCCUGAACGAGAUCAUACUGAUGAACAACGGGCUGAGCUCGUGCAUCCCCCCGGAGCUGGGACUGUUGAAGAGCUUGACGGUGCUCGACGUGAGCUACAACAAGCUGAUGGGGCCGAUACCGGAGUUUCUCGGCACGCUCACGAGUGUGGAGCAGCUCGACGUCGCGCACAACAUGCUCGUCGGUGAUAUACCGGAGGCGAUAUGUCAUCUCCCGCGGCUGAAGAAUUUUACCUACUCGUAUAACUUCUUGACCGGCGAGCCGGCGGUUUGCCUGCAUGUUCCGGCGUACAGCGAUCAGCAGAAUUGUAUUCCGGACCGGCCGGCGCAGCGGUCCGACAGCCAGUGCAGGUUCUUCAACAGCCAUCAUGUCGACUGUGAUGCCUUCAAAUGCAAAAAAUUCAUCCUUCCUUCCCCUCCGCCGCCACCGCCUUCUCCUCCGCCUCCGUCGCCACCUCCGCCUUCUCCGCCGCCACCUUCUCCGCCUCCGCCAUCGCCUCCUCCGCCUUCUCCCCCUCCGCCAUCUCCUCCACCUCCGUCUCCACCUCCGCCAUCUCCGCCUCCACCAUCACCGCCUCCGCCAUCUCCUCCUCCGCCAUCACCGCCUCCGCCAUCUCCACCUCCACCAUCUCCUCCACCGCCAUCUCCGCCUCCGCCAUCACCAUCGCCACCGCCACCUUCUCCUCCGCCAUGCGAGUUCCCGCCACCACCGCCGCCCUACUCAGAAGUGUCCCCUGAAGACCGAUACCUAUCACCGCCACCGCCGACCACAUUACCGGUUUACCACUACUCGUCGCCGCCGCCUCCUGCGCACCCCUAUGCCUCACACACUCCUCCUCCUCCUUACUAUUAAUUCUUUAUUUAAGAAAGGAAAAAACAGUUGCUCAAUCCUCCUCCUACACUCAAUGAGCUCAAAUAGUAAUUGGUGUUGAUCAAGUUUACUUACUUUUAAGUAAUCUUUUCUUAAUUUCUUCAUCGAAUUCUUCGUUGGUUUUGGCCUGUGAUUGUUGGGGGAGGGUUCUCUCAGUUUGUUUUGUGUUACAAUUUACAAUAUAGUAUUUGUGAAUAAAAUGGCCUUGAAUGAUAAAUUACAUAUAAAGAGAGGAAGAGAGAGACUGACUAGAUGCAGGGUAAUGAAUGUAUAGAGCUUGGCAUUUAUCAUGUAGACCAAAUGUGGAAUUAUCUUGUUCAAAUUAUACUUUGUACUCUAUUCAUGGUCUUCUUUUGUUUCCAUUUUCUUAAUAUGAUUAUUUGAAUUCUGAA